ACUUUUUUUAUCCUUUGCGAUUUUUGAAAGAGCCUCCUUUCUUACUUUUUCCCGCUGCUUUACACCUGCUCUCUUCACCGAAACACCUGUAAUUGCGGGGGGCAUCCACUGCUGGAGACCACAUACAAACAGGCAUCAUCCAUCACCAUAUACAGCCAUAGCCAUAGCUAGCCAUGGACAAGCAGCAGUACCAGGACCCAGCCACGGAGCGCCUCUACGCGUCGUCCAACGACGAGGGCAGCGAUUACGAAGGCCAGCGUCAAACAUCGUCACGCUGGACAAGCAAGUCACCGAGGAGCUUCAAGCAGCUCAUCAUCGGCGGCUACCUCGUCCUUACAGCCAUCUGCGUCUUUCUCGGCAUCGAGAACCUGCGCCUGCAAGCAAAGCUGCGCAACUAUCACCCUGACCUCUUCCCCUCAAUUGCCAAAGCCAAUGUCUUCCACGGGGACAGCCGUCCUUUCUCAUUGACAGUAGCUGGCACCGUCUUUGCUGGCGAGCCCAGCCCCGAACUCGACGCAGCCUGGCGCGACCUUUUAGACAAUACUACGAUCCGCGUAUCGAAGGAGGAUCUAGACUAUUACAAUGUCACCUCGUUACCAUUCGCCGAUGGCUCGGGCUAUGCAUCGGAGAUAUUCAUGACACAUGAGCUUCACUGCUUGAAAAAGAUCCGCCAGUGGGUGUACAAGGAGCAUUACUUUGAGCAUGUCCAGGGCUUCGCUCGCAACGAACUAGCACGACAUAUCAACCACUGUAUAGAAACCCUUCGCCAGGGCAUCAUGUGCCGCGGCGACGUCUCGCUCGCUACAUACACAUAUCUGGGCAAUGCCAGCUACGUUAAGGGCGUGACGGCACGCACCUGGGGCACUCACCAGUGUGCCAACUUUGACGCCAUCAUGAAGUGGAACCGUGAGAACGCCGUUGAUAUCUUUGCGCCUGGUGUGCUCAUCGACCCAAAGAUAACGCCCGAGUCGCAGUUUACGCCACUAAAGGUACCGCACUAGACGACGCUGUCCUGCCCAUCAUGUAAACAACCACGAAUAUUGUACUAUUUAAUGACUACUUAAUUGAAAUGCCUUGAACCAACGU